AUGCCAAGACCCAACUUCACUGCUGUGACAGCGUUCACCUUUUUGGGGCAGCACGGACUCAUUCUCUCUGUGGUCUUUCUGGUCUUGUACCUGUUGACCCUGGCGAGCAAUGCCAUCAUCUUGACGGCUAUCCACCUCAACCGUCAGCUUCACACACCCAGGUACUUCUUCCUGAGUGUCCUGUCCAUUUCUGAGACCUGUCACACCAUGGCCAUCAUCCCCCAGAUGCUGUCCAGUCUCCUGAGCCCCCAACAAGCCAUCUCCAUUCCAGACUGUGCCACUCAGCUCUUCUUCUAUCUCACCUUCGGCAUCAACAACUGCUUCCUGCUCACGGCCAUGGGGUACGACCGCUAUGUGGCCAUCUGCAACCCCCUACGGUACUCGGUCAUCAUGGGCAAAAAGACCUAUAUACAGUUGGCAGGUGGAUCCUGGAGCAUUGGCCUGAGCACAGCCAUCAUUCAGGUGUCUUCUGUGUUCAGCCUGCCAAUGGAGAGAGAGAACCAUACUCUCAUCACGGAAUUUAUUUUCCGGGGUUUCUCCAGCCCGUUCCGUGAGCACCAGCUCACCCUUUUUGCCCUGUUCCUGGCUCUGUACGCCUUCACCCUGGCAGGCAAUGUCAUCAUCGUGACCAUUAUCCAAACUGACCGCCACCUCCACACACCCAUGUACUUCUUCCUGAGCCUGCUGUCCGCUUCAGAGACCAUGUACACACUGGUCAUUCUCCCAAGGAUGCUCUCCAGUCUCAUGGGUAUGAACCAAUCCAUCUCAUGGGAAGGCCGUGCCACACAGAUGUUCUUUUUUGUAACCUUUGGCAUCACUAACUGCUUCCUGCUCACGGCAAUGGGCUACGACCGCUCUGUGGCCAUCUGCAACCCCCUGAGAUACUCAGUUAUUAUGAACAAGAGAGUGUGUGUCCAGCUGGUGGGGGUCGCCUGCAGCAUUGGGCUGAUUGUAGCUACGAUGCAAGUGACAUCUGUGUUCAGGUUACCUUUCUGUGCUACAAAGGUGGCCCACUUCUUCUGUGACAUCUGACCUGUGAUGAAGCUCUCUUGCAUCGAUACCACAGUCAAUGAGAUCCUGACUGUGAUCAUCAGUGUGCUGGUGCUCGUUGUUCCCUUGGGGCUGGUCUUCAUCUCCUACGUCCUCAUCGUCUCCAUCAUCCUCAAGAUCAGCUCUGCCCAGGGCCGGAAGAAGGCCUUCGCCACCUGCGCCUCCCACCUCACGGUGGUCAUGGUCCACUAUGGCUGUGCCUCCGUUGCCUACCUCAAGCCCAAGUCCAAGAACACCAGGGAUCAGGAUCAGCUGAUCUCGGUGGCCUACACCGUCAUCACCCCCCUGCUGAACCCUGUGGUGUACACCCUGAGGAACAAGGAGGUCAAGGAUGCUCUGCUCCGGGCCACUGGCAGAAAGCCUUCCUGA